AUGAUUGAGAAUUCCACACAAAUAUUAAAUAAUCUUGAAUCUUCAAUUGAACAAAAUUCAAUUUUUACAGAAAAUCUACCGUCAACCACAAAAAUUAAUCAUGAAAAUGAUGAUAUGAAUAAUCAAAAUGUUGAAUUAAAUGAGACCAUUAAAAGACAAAUUAAUAAAUUUCAUAAUGAUAGUACAGUGAUGCAAAUUAAUGAAACUACAAUAGAUUCACUUCCUUCUUGUAAUAAUAAUAAUAGCAGUAAUAGUAAUCAUGAUAAUGUUAACAAAUAUAAUGAUAAUAAUGGUGAUGAUGAUGAUGAUGAAGACAGUUCAACUAGUCGUUAUAGUACUGCAGAAUCAUCACCAUGUGAAGACUUUGAACCAAAUCUUAAUAAAACUAAUCAAAUAAACAAUCAUAAUAUUGCUAAACAAAAUAACAAAAUAAUUGGAGAAAAAAUUGAUAAACUAAAACAAAAGAAAAAUAUAAAAGAAAAAUUAACAAAUUCAACAAUGAAUAAUCAAAGUGUAGCAUUAGAAUUUCGAACAAUUGUUCAACGAGAUGAAUAUGGUUAUGGAUUUCGAGUUUGUGGAAAUAAACCAGUAUCGGUACAUAAUGUUCGGAAAGAUGGUAAUGCAGAGAAAGCUGGUCUCAAAGCUGGAGAUCAAAUUAUUGAAGUUAAUGGUAUUUCGGCCAUUGAUCUCAAUCAUGAAGAUGUCGUUGAGCAGAUUCGCUCACGAAACCAAGUCUCUUUAAGACUCAAGAGAUUACGUUAUCAAGUGGUUGAUGGCUUAACUGGAUAUCGAGUAGGCUCUAUGAGAAAUUUAACCUGUAAUGAAGCUCCAAUUUUGAGAUCACAACAACGUCAUCAUUACCAAAAACGUCGAUCAGUUCGAGAGUCUUCAUCAACAGGAAAUACAGCGUCUGCCGUAGUUAAACGAAGACCUCGUCUUGGAACGCAGACAUUCAAAAUAGCUCGAAGUUGUUCACCCCCUCCAUUAGCGUCAGUCGGUUCAAUGAAUGAUUCAUUAGGUUCACAUACAGAUGAAGAUAUUGAUUGGAGAAAAGAAGACGAGACUAACUUAGAACCUAACCCCAGUUUAUCUCCCCAAAUACCUCCAACCAAUGCAGCUAGCUUACCUCCCACAUCCAGGAUGGUUCGACCUCGUUCUAGUAUUGGUCCCAGUGAUCAUACCAGUAAAGAAAGACCCGUUAGUUCAGGACCUGAUAUGUUUGGCCUCUUCAAAAGGGGCUCAGUCAAGGACGUAAAUCAUCCAGAAUGUCUGAGGGAGGAAGAUAGUUCUAUGGAUGGAUCAUCUCGUGAUACUACAACUGCGAAUAAUAAGAAUAACAGUAAUGGGAGUGGUAGUACUAGCAGUUGUAGUUCUAAGUCGUUAUCUCGAAUGUCUUUCCCUGGUCAUUCUAAAUCUAAUGGUACAUCAAAUAAGAAAACUACCGGUAAUCUCAAGGAUCAGUCAACGUUUUCUAGUAGUACACCACCUCUUGGUCGUGUUAUGGGUAGGAAUUUCGACGAUGAAGGUGAAAGUGAUCUUAGCAUUGCAAAUGAUCUUGCUCACUUAUCAUCAGAAUUCGACAGUGCAACGUCAGUAAUGAAUAGUCCGGCUAAGUGUGCUAUGUUUAUCGAUUACUUGUUUUCUCAUAAACGAGAUCCUACAUGGACGCUUUUCCACAUUGUCAACCAAUACUUUCAACGAUCAAUGGCUUCGUCAAAAGAAUUAUUUAAAGAUGAAAAACGUGUUUGUCUGGAGAUAUUUACAACGUUUCUACAUGAAAAGUCUCCGUUGCGUUUAGAUGUACGAACUCCAGUUGUGUUGAAGUCAUUUGAUUUUAAUGAAUGCUCGAAAUUGUUCAAUGUUAUUGAUCAACAGUGUGUGAAUCAGAUUGAAGUACAAGUUUCCAAAUUAGCUGAGGCAAUUAAUUUAGGUAUGGAUACAUGGUGUCUUUCUGAGCCAAUUGAUUUCGUUCUGUUUCGUAAUAAAGAAGAAGAAUUAGCAUGUUUCGAAUCGCGUCUAAGUAGUUACCUUGAUGCAUUGCAUCAACUGUUUACCGGAAGUUGUACAGAUAAUCCAAUUGCUCUUAGCAUAUGUCGAUUGCCAAACACAUCUGUAUCAGUUACAUAUGAACAAAUUACUCAAGCGAUUACUACUUGUUUGGUUACAGCUCACCGGUAUUAUUCCAUGUCUCAGAUAUCAAGUGCAGAUUAUCCUGAAACUAGAGAUUCUGGACAUUCUAUUAGACAUAGUCUUUUUGCAAGGUCUUUUGAAAAUUUAACUACAUCCGCAUUGGGUUUAGGUAGUGUAUCAGGUAGCAUAGGAAGUGGGCUGUCAUCUGCUGGUUCACAUUUAUGGACAAAAUUAACUCCAUAUUGUGCUAAAUCAAAACAAAAAUCACAUUCUUUGCUCAAUCGUAAAAGUAAAUGGUCUCACAAAGGUCAUUUAUUUUAUGAAUACACUUACGAACGUAUUGCUGAUUGUGGUGUAUGUGGAUUUUUAUUAUGGGGACUCAAUUCACAAGGUUUCAAUUGUAAUAAUUGUGAUCUAUUUAUACACUUAAAAUGUAAAAAUGGUAUUCGAGAUCAUUGUAGUAGAGAAGGACGUAGAACAACUGGCGUCACGUCUGCAAAUGUUUUAGGCGGUUUACUUGGUAGUAUACCAAAUCUCACAAUUGAUACACAUGUUCCAGGUAACACACCGAACCAAACGAAUGAAUCAUGCAAUAAAGUUCCCUUAAAUCCCAGUCAAAUUGGUUCGAGUGAUUUUAUCUAUCACGCUAACUCAGUUGAUAAUCCACUCGACGCUGUUGCAUCACUAGACGAGACAAUUAAUUCAUCUUGUCAAGAUAGUACUUAUAGUUCUGGGUUGAAUGAAACUUCUUCAAUAUCAGGCAAUGGAGGUGGUGACACAUCUAUCAACUUUCCUUCACCAGGAUUAUCUAAACGUGAUUCCAUUUCAUCAAUGUCAGUUGGAUCCACAUGUCAAACUCCUGUGGAUUCUUAUUUACAAUCUGGUAUUGGUCAAACAGAUAAAAUUAAAUCGAAUGGAGAAGAAUGUGGGAUUAUGGGCAAUGAUUCGCAUAUUAAAGUUCCAUUGGAUUCGAGAUCAUCAUCACGUCGUCGCUUAAGUAUAACAGUCAAACAAGGUUAUGUAAAACAAAUGAAAAAUCUAUACGAAGGAAGUGAAAUCAUUCAAGAAAUAAUUCCAACGUCUCGAAGUGAUAGUGUCGUUUCGAAUAUUUCCUCAAAUCUACCUACAUCAAGUAGCUCAACAGGUCCUUGUGAUCGUCCAGUCGAAACAACAUCAUCACCAUCUUCAUCAUCGUUAAGUAGUCCUGUUUCAAAUAUCAAUGAGACUGUACGUGAAUUAGUUACUACAGAUUGGAGUGAUGAUCCAGAAAUGAUUGCAGGAGCAAGUUUUGAAGCAGCAGUUGAACUACGAGCUCAGUUUCCUAAUUUUCAAAUGCCUAGUAAAGGUCAAAAAAGUGAAGAGUAUAUUCGUACACUAGUUCUAUUGGAAUUUCAUCAAAAAACUCAAUAUAUGGUUCGCCAUUUGAAACAAUACGAGUAUUUAUUAUUACGUCGUUGGCCUGUGGAACAUGCAAAAUUGGCUAAAAUUUUAUGCCUUGAUCAAAUUCCUGUAUUAAUUGAUCUUUUUCGCAGUCUCGUUACUUGUAUUGAUCAAACAAAAACCGAACAAGGUUAUCGUGGUAUGGCUGAAGCUGUUCUAGCCUGGUUAACUGAUAAUUCAUCGGCUAAUUUAAAAACAUGGGCUCGUUAUUGUCAAGCCCUCUCAUGUUCAAAUAUGUUAGAAAGUGUUCGACAUUUUGUUCGUGAUUAUGUACGCCGACAUCCAGAUAUUGUACCUCUAUUACAAACUAGGCACAAUAAAUUUGUCUUAAUUGAAGGUUUAAAACAAAUGCGAAUUCUUUACUUUAAUUUACCAUUAAUUGCAAAUAAUAUUGCAAAAGAUUUGGAAAAAAGAACUAAAAUAUACAAAGGUGAAGCUAAAAUUUGGCAACAAAUUCAACUUAAAUUGGCCAGUUUACCACAAACUAUCGAUAAUGUUUGUAUGCCUCUUGUUAAACGAAUUAAUCUUGGUCAAUUAUGUACUAGUUUGGAUAAAAAAGAUAUUUUGUCUAAACCACUUCCGGAUUUAUUAUUACCAUUUCAGCAAUUACUUUUAAACUUUCCUCGUGUAUUAUUUCAUCAUUGGGUUGUUGCACAUGCCGAAGUAACAGUUGAUAAAUUAACAGCGAAUCGAUCAAAUAAAGUAAAUCAUGAUUAUAUUUGUGAACGAACUGAAAUGUUGGCUAUUCUCUUACACAAUGCACUUAUGUUAAUGGUGAAGGAUGGUGAACGUUACAUUUUACGUAGCUUUAAAGCUGUACGUGAACAAGGCGGUGGCUCUGGUAGUAGCGGGAACUUCAAUACUUCUGCUUCUAAUAGUAGUGCUGUUGAACGUCUUUCCAGUUUCGGAUCGCCUGGUACACCUGGUGAUAAAGAUCGACCCAACUCAGGCAAUCUAUCCGGUUAUUCUUCUAUCUCUUCAUGCAGUUCUCUUAGUUCUUAUUCUCCUAAUUCAAAUGCUCAAUCACAUACAAGCCUUGUUUCAGCAGCAGCUAGUGCUGCAGUCGCCAGUAUGACUGAUCGUUCGUCAACAUCGUUGGGAAGCUCGAAACUUGUUCCUAUAUUCCCAUUGAUAGAUGUGUUUACUUCGUGUGGUGAAAAAUUUGGUGGUGAUCAUCUAUUAAAUAUCGUCUUUAUGAAGCAAACAGUUUUGAUCCGGUUAUUGUUUUCAAAAGAAGAUGAAAGACAAAAUUGGUCAGCUUACAUUCAGGAAAAUAGUGUGACUACACAAAGUAUUGAUCGACAGCGUAUGUUGAAACCAACUGCUUCCGCUGCUGCCGCCUCUUCAUCACCAUCGUCAUCUACUCAAAGUCGGUCGACAAUCGGUAUAACUUCUGAGUCGCUCAUUUCUAAAACCUCAUGUAAUACACCUACAGCUGAUGACAUUUCAGUUAUUACUCCUCAACCAUCAACCCAAGAUUUAAAAACUUCAUUCGGUAAACUUCUUACUAAAUCAUCAACUACUAUAAAUAAUGAUAAAACUACCUACCCAUCAGAUAUUAACAACACUGAUCAAAUUCCUUCCGGAGAAGAACGCACUGUAUUUGUUGAUAAAUUACAAACCGCUAUGAAUGAACUAUUAGAACAAACACAACAAAUUAUUUGUGAAAAAUAUAAUAUAUCUAAAGAAGAAUUAGCUAAUGCAAUGAAUGAGGGCAAUGACGUGAAUGAUAUCUUGAAUCCUGGAAAAAUCCUGUUAUUCCAGAUAAAAUAUUUCGCAAAAUGUUACAAUUUAAUAACUCGAACUCUUGCUCCACAACCUUCAACAUAUUUUCUAAAUCAAAUACAAAAUCAUCUUGAAUCUAUAAACGAUGAAGGUCAUCAACAGCUCGAUAUGUUAAUGCGGCAGAAGAAAAGACAAAGCUCAUUGUCAUGGACAGAAGGUUAUCUAGAGUCACUUAGCCGGAACCCUGUACUGAAUAUUGGAAGCAAUAAAGUAAUUGGUAGUACUGAAUCAGAAAGAUCUCGGUUUAAUGUUAUCGAUGCUCAACCAGAUGACUCCAUCUCCAAAGCUACACAUUCUUCACCAAACCUAGUCGGUUCAGAUAGUGAACGUAGUCGUAUCGAGAUUCAGGACAAGCGAAAAUCCAAAUGCAGAUCAAGGAAGUCUGAAGCAGGUCCUGUUUCAAAUUUAGAUUUCACUUUCUUUGAUAACUUAUUGAAUAAAGAAUUGAUUACAAUGGCUCCAGUAUUUACAAAAUCUGUCAUGUGUUUGUGCAAGUUAAUUCAUCAAGACCCAUCGCCGAAUAAUUUAUUAAAAGAAUCUACUAGUUCAAGAAAAAGUUUAUCAAGACCAUCUGUUCAAAUCGAUUCGCAAGUUCAUUGGACUAAAGUUGGCGAUGCUGAAUUUCCAGUCAGUGGGAGUACUGAUGAAGUUGAAGAUGAAGAAGUUAGAACAUUGGCGAACUCUAUCAUCGAUUUGUCUUGUUCACAAGCAACUGACACAUUAAAACUGGACACACUUUCCACUGAACAAUCGGAUGCAUUGCAUAGUGGAUUUGAUUUAUCUGUAAAUAAUUCAGAUCAAGAUUUGAAUUCAGUCGCUGCACAACUUGUGUCUGAUGUGUUGGAAAAUGCCAAAAGCUAUUUCUCAAAUCAUAUCACAAAAUCUAAUGAUGCAGAACAGAAAACAGUGAAUGUUAUUCGUGACAGCGGAUGUGCACCAUCUGCCACAGAUGAAGAUGAAGAUUAUUAUUAUGAAGAAGAAAUUGAUGAUAUUGAGGAUGAUCACGUGAACAACGAUGAAACAGUGGAAGAAAUAUCAGAAAAUCAUAACGAUCUUUUAACAUCAUCUGGAACUAUUUCCACUUCAGACACUUCAACUCCUAAAUUUGUGGGCGUUGCUUCUAUAUUUGAUGAUGCUUCAUUGGAUCAAAACAAUCAGUUAGAUAAGACACCGUCUUUACACGAUGAUUUACUCAUUGAUAACGAUGUUAUUGAUGUUGUAUCACCAUGUCCUGGUAUUUUUAUGUCCGGAACUACCACUUCUAUUGAUCCUUCUACUAUUAUUACAACAACAACAAAUAUUAUUACUAACACUAAUACCACGAUAACAACAAAUAUUGGUCGUAAUGACUCUCAGAAGUCAACCACUUCAAGUGGAUAUGUCGACUCUAGUGAUGAUUAAGAUUAGUAGGCAAUAUUCUUGGAAUACCAUCUCAAACACUUAUUCAAAAAAAAAAUUAAUAUCCAGUUUAUCAGUAAUGAGUUGAUUAACUUUCAGAUAUUUGAUUAACCCCGUC